CUUCAGGAACAUCUAGUGGAAGCAAUUCAACAAUCACUCAGAAGUCUUACGACAAGGCUGGAGUAUCUAAGCGCAGACGGAAAAAAUAUCGGAAGUCGAGCAGCGUUGACUCAGACGAACCACAAAGUAGUCAAAGGAAACGAAAGCCUAGCUACGACGCCUCAAGCGUGUUUCAGUAUAUGCAUGACCCAUCUUUUAAUACUUCCAAUUACGACGUGUCCGGAAUGGCUAGUGACGUCUCUUCUCCACCUUUCGACCAAGUGAAGCAGCGACAAGAUCCAAUCUCACAUUGGAAAGAUCAAAUGGGGUCAUAUCCUUCCCCACCAGCAUCCAUACAUCUCGAAACAGCAGAUGACAAAGAUGUUGAGCGAGAUGAUCAUAAUCUCCAUCCCGAAAUUUCUGUGAAGGCCAGCAGUCCGGGUGUUCCUGGUACACCAUUGAUUGCAUCUGGAGCUCCGGAACAGCCGGCAGAUGAUGCUAGCGAUAGUAGCAGUGAUGAAUCUAGUGACAAUGAUGAUGAAGGAAAUGGGGACGGAGAUGACGAGUGCCGUGAACAAGGGAGUGAACACAACGAAGCAGCGAAAGCACCCUAUGAGGACCAGGUCCAAGACAGCACAGGCUUAGAGCCAUUCCGCUACGGCAGCAACAAUGCAGCACCUGGUCCUUCCGAUGUCGAGCAUGACCAUUCUGCCCGCUUAAGAGCCCAGGAGGAACAAAUAAGGCAUCACAUGCUACACAGUCCAAGCCCGCAACCGCAGCAUGAUUCUCGAUUCUAUGCGCCAGGGACUAUGUCGCCACGUCCACCUGUCCCCUUUGUAUCGCCUUUCCAGUACAUGGAACCACCAUCACGAUAUGGAUUAUCACCAGUGCCAUUGUAUCAUCCACAACCGAAUCCUCCCCCUGUACCCGUUUUGCCACAGUACACACAGAUACAUCAACCAUCACCUUUUCCCCCUCCGGAAGUUAUUGACAGAAGUAGGGAGACUAUUACUGGAUAUGAAUUAAUAGCGCAUCGAAUGACAGAAAAACCCAAGGAUGCAAAUGAUGACAAGAAAAGCAUACCACCUAUGUAUCGGAAGUUUGAACAUCUCAACCACCGAAUCCUGCUACACCUCCAAGACGAAAUCACUGAACUAGAGGAGGAGCUUCGGUUUCUAGACGAGAGCAUUGCGCAGAUGGCGCCCCGUGGAAGAGACGGCAGCAUACAACCUGCCUCAAGGCGUGCCGAUGCGCGUUAUGGUAACGAUCUACACUAUCGAAGAACCGAAAUAUUGGGGAAGGUCUACGUGAAGCUGGGACAAUAUAACCAAGCGCUGUCCUCUUUCCACUCGGUCAAAGCCAUCGAAGGCCCGAAGACAGACGACAUCAAUGAUUUCACUUCCUGGCUAGAGCAGCAUACUCCAGUCGACAAGAUAGAGACGCAAUUCCUCACGAAAAAAGAUGAUUUGCUCAAUAUAAAUACCACAACAACACAGGCAACGCAACUUCACCAUGCCCCUGAAACAGCCAGUCUAUCACCCGCUUGGGACUCUAUACAUCCAGCCAUGUUCGUGUCUCCGUUCGCUUUCUUAGUCCCUCUCUUCGCCAUCGUCUUCAUCCCAGGAACGGUCGCCCGAAUGAUCGCCUUAGCUGCCACAGCACUGGCAAUAGCGUCGCUCAUAAGCCUCACACGGCUCCACGCCUGUAUGGCGCAUCGAGACUGGGCGAUCUGUGGCUCAAUAUAUUUUGGUCUCAUGAGUGUCCUCGCGGCGCUCAUUCGCUAGCCUUGCAUUGGCUAGUCACUGCCGUCCGGCGAGUUGACCUUUGCGACUCGUCAACGAGCCGAUCUCAUCUAACUAUACGGCUAAGGCGUUUGAGUAGCCUAUACGAACACCGAGCUUUCUCUAUAACGAAUUCUUCGUGCACUGGACGGCGAUA